GUUUUUUUGAUUUAAGUAGCUGAUUGGCAAAAUGUAAUUACUACUAUUACUCACUUUCUAAACAAACGAGGCGACAAGAUCUGAGAAAAAGCGACUCAAAGAUAUAACGGAAAUGAGUGAAAAUGGCAGAUGAUGACAAUGAGGGUAAAGAUUUGCCGAGACUUAAGUCAGACAAGCGGAAUUGAGUUUUGAAACUAUCAAUUCUUGACAAUGAAACAUGAAUAACUUGACAAAGACAGCAACGCGACGAUAAGAAAAGCAAGACAAGAAGAAGAAAAUAAGGAAGCAUCUAUCUAAUACUGCUAAGAAGUUGGACCUAUUGACGGCUAAGAAUUUCUGUCGAUUGGGACGUAGUCUCGGAAGUGAAUAGAACUUGAAAUUUGAGCAAGAACAAUUAAUGCUUGAACUUUCCCAAAAAUCACUUUUUUCGUAUCUCAGACCCUUUUUGCAGAGGGUAUAAGAGGUUGCGUGAACCGCGGACAUUACAUCCAUCAUAUCCAAGGAAAGGCCAAUUUGUUAAUGUCUUAACAUGAUCAAACUAUCUCUAUUUUUAACUUGCCUCGUUCUUUCAUCAAAAUUUUUGAAUGGAAGUGCCAAACCAUCGGUAGAUAUGAAUAGAACCGUAACUGUUGGAGUAAUAUACGGAAAUCAGCCCAUGCAAUGGACUCGACAGCAGAUGAUACGAACAACACUAAACCGACUCAAGUUGAAAUCGUCUCUACUCAAAGAUACCGAAUUUCUUUUCCACUACGUCAACGGGUCGAAUUUAAGGUCAAUAAACCACUGCCUUAAGCUUAUGUGCGAAGAGUUACUUCCACGAGACGUUCAGGCUAUUAUUAUUACACUUGACGAUUUUGAAAGUCAACUCCUGAGUCAGUGGGCCAGUUUGAUUGGCAUUGCCGUUCUUGGAACUUCGAGAAAUAGUGAUCUUGAGAACAAGAGACAGUACAAAGAUUAUCAUUAUCUUUUGCCUUCUUUCAGUGAAGAAAGCACGGUGUUGCUGAGAAUUCUCACCAUCUUAGGCGUCAAUACGUUUGGUGUAAUGAGUCGCGAUGGGGAUCAAGAAAGCUUAAUAGCUGCAUCUCAUCUCAAAAAUGAAUCAGAUAAAUCAUAUUUAAAACCUUUUAUUUUCAAUCUAAGAGAGMCAAACGAAAAACACUUCAAAGUAGAAGUGAUAAAAGAGCUCGUUAAAUUGGAGCUCCAUCCCAUUAAGGUUAUCGUCUGUGUAUGCGACGAUAGAGCCAUUAAAACAAUCUUGGAAGUAGCGAGAGAUCUUGGGUUUCUGUCUGAGAACUACCUUUGGAUUUUCACUGAAAGAAUAGUAAAACACUUUCACCAUAUAGCCAGUAACUUGCUUCCCCAAAGAAUGAUCGGCAUACGACUCAACGUGACGGAAGAUGUCAUAGCCUUAAGAGCAGCAUGCCUUUUCGUGAAGAUUAUGGAAUUAAAGUUGCAGAACAACUAUAGCACAAGCAACACUUUCUUUGCUCCUUUUAGCAGCUGUAAGGAGCACGCUACAGGAAAUACUUCAGGAAAUGCAUCGCAUUACAGUGACUUCAGGAACAUUGACCAAAACAACUAUGACAUCAUAGGAAGGUCAGCUUAUCACAUUAAUUCAACGUCCUAUCAAGUCAUUGCAAACUUGUCGCCUGCAAAAGGAAUGUCAAUUAUUGGCAAAACAAGGCUCCUUAAGGAAUAUCAUAUGGAUGACAUGUCAAAUUCGUCACAAAACCGACUUCAAAUCGUGACGAUAGAACACGGCCAAUACACCUAUCGCGUUCAAAACGUCUAUCCAAAAUGUCUUUUAAAGAAAUCCGAUUGCAAGACCUCUGAACAGACUUGUGAAGUAGGUAUUCCGUGUACAAAAUAUAUUUCUUCAGGCAACAAUACCUAUCGUUCAGAAAGAAUUUGUGUUGCUGGGUUAAUGAUUGAGCUCUUAAACCUGCUUCAAAACGACCUUCAUUUCACGUUUGAUAUAUACAUAGUAAGAGAUUCUAAAUAUGGAGGAUAUGACAAUGCAAGUGGUACUUGGAAUGGUAUGAUUGGUGAUAUUAUUGCAGGUGAUGCUGACCUGGCCCUCGCUACCCUCACAACGACAAGCAAACGAUCUAGGGUAGUGGAUUUUUCAUCUCCAUAUGGCGAAGUUGGAAUAGGUCUCCUCACCUCAGCUGUUAACGAAAUGGACUCAACUAUCAAUCUCGACUUUCUACUUCCAUUCACUUUAUCAAUGUGGAUUGCUAUCCUUGUUACUAUUGUAACCGUUUGGACGCUGAUUUGGGCCUUUGAUAAAAUAAGCGCAAAGUGGCAUUUGAAAGGCCGAAAGGGUCUUACCAAUAACAAGAAAAAGGCUUUGUUUCUAGAGAGCAUGUCAUUUGCAUGGAGUACGUUUGUGCAUGUUCAGGCAGGAAGGGGACUUCCUCAGAGUCAUAGUGCUCGCUUUGUGGCCUUAUUCUUUGCUUUUGCCACACUCAUUGUAAGUUCUGGCUACACUGCCGAGCUUGCUGCCCACAAAGUCAAGGAAGAAGUUAAACAAACAAUUACUGGCAUAUUUGAUGAAAAAAUGCUGAAUCCACCGGAGAAUUUCAAAUACGGAACAUUAAAGGAUAGCAGCACUGAAGCGUUUUUCAAAUUCAGCGAGGAUCCUAGAUUAAGACAGAUUUAUCAAAACAUGAAAGGCAACAACGUCGAUAGAGUAGAGGAUGGCGUGAAAAARCUUUCGAAAGGAGAAUUCCAGGUUUAUAUCGACGAUCGGCCAUACCUGGAACAUUUAGUAUCGUCGCGAUUGAACUGUUCACUGAGAGUUGUUGAUAACUCGCUUGGAAUGUCUGGUUACGCUCUUGCUCUAAGGAAAAACUCCAAAUGGACAUUACCGUUCUCCCUUAGCAUCAUGAAAUUCAACGAUAACAAUAUUCUACGGGACUUGUGGGCCAAAUGGUUAAAAAGGAAGUGCAUAGCCAAAGAAGAGUUUGAUAAAAUACCCUCAGGAAUGACUAUUGCAAAUGUCAACGGUCUAUUUCUAGCGAUAACUAUAUCGAUAGCUAUUGGGGUAGUCUUUUUGGUAAUAGAAAAUGCAAUUUGUUAUUUCCGAAAAACGAAACAAAAAAGUAUUAAUGUCAUGUGUUGUCAAAUGAACAGUGAGCGCAACACGUGGCCGGCGGUAACUGAUUCUGUAGCAAGAGACCCAUCGGUACGAGGUGUGCAGCUGCUGAGACAUUGUACCAACAAAGCAUUUGCUGGAAGUACCGUACUUGUUGAUAAUAACAAAGAUAAACGUUAGCAGUUUUUGCGGAUACAACAUUUGAUUUUCGUGGCAACAUUUUAAGGAAGAGUAUGUCCAAACGAUCAUUGGUGUCUUCUUACAUGCAUGCUAUCAUGCAGCAUAUAUAUUGCAAAGUCCAUAAGUUGACAUUGUAACCUGCAAAACAAAUACUUGUCUCAACUUUAAAAAGUGUAAUAGUCCAAUAGACCCAAUAGCUAGAAAAUAUUUGGAAUAAGAGAUUAUGACGGAAAUCAAAUUGAGGAAAUCUACUAUUUCACAUGUUGAGUAAAACUACUCCAAUACUUGAAAUGUUGCCACUGAUGCAUCAGUUAUGGUUGCAAAGAUGGUAAAAGAUAACAAAGUGCUGCUAUACAAGACACUAGGAGGAAAAUGAAAGAAAAACAAAAAAAUUGCUGCCCCCUCCUUAUGCCCUCCCAAACAGUUAACGCAUCCUCCCACCGCCAAUUACUAGUGCCAUACAUUUAAUUGUACUUAAAUAAUGGAUAUAAAUCAUUUGUUUAAGGUGCCUCACCUACACAGGGGGCAGAGGGAGGACACUUAUCUUUCAUUUUUAUAUAACAUAACAUGAGUAAGCUUGAGCCCGUCAGAUACCGCACGCUGGGAUGUGCGAGCUGUGCCUAACACCUAACGGUUGCUAGAAGGUCAUGCGAGAGGGGAAAAUGAGUUGCACUUGUUUGGCGUAAUAUCAUAUUAUCAUAAUAUCAUUACCCCAAGCAACGGCAACCGUUAGGUCUACUAAGACACAGCGCGAUCACUUUCCCUCUCACGUGGACGUCAAGCAACUGUUCAGUAUGUGCAGGUGGUGUGCGACACGAGACACGGGAAAUGAUCGUCAAUGGAAAAAUGGGGUGUCCCGAGCUUAUUUUUGAGAUGAUCGCUCCGGAAUGACAUGCGUUUGUACAAUUUUGGAAGAAAAAAUGGCGAAAAUUAAGCUCGGUACAAAAAAAAAAAAAAUCAUAAUUCCGAAACUAAGGAAGAAACAUCUGAUAUUACCUAUUAUUCUGAAAAAUAUGGAGUCCCGUGCAGAAUUUGAGGGUUUUGCCCUCUUGAAGUUCAAAACGUGUAUGGUUCUUCAAUAAAAUGGUGAUUAUUCAGCGGUUUUUGAGUGUGCGCACAUCGUGGGCUCAAAUCGAAUGUUCAAAAGUAGUCAGCUACCUUAAAGUGCAAAUGAACCCUUUGACAAUACAUUCAGUACUGGUUCUGCAUAAAGUAAAUAGCUGAUUGGUAAAAUAUUUCUUGAUUUGAGUGAUGCGUCUCUAGGUUAUGAAGGUUUAUACAUCCUUGGGAGCAGAGUUCUUUUUAUUAACACAUCCUCAGCUUUCAAAGCUUCAAAGGUUCAUUAUUUUCACACACAAAAAGGCGUAUAGAGUGGUUAUUAAACUUGUGAAAUAGAUAUUGUACACACUUUAGUAGACUCUAAAUAAAAGUGCAUCUAUUUGACUGA